UAGGCCGGCCGAUUCCUGUGAGACCGCUCGCUUCUCAAGGCACCUGUUGGCACCUGACAUUAACGACGAGACCCAAAGCCGCACUGUUGCUGCCAGUGCCAGAGAGAGAGGAGCCAUGUACCUGCCCACCGUGACAACCAUCACCCUGCUGUUAACCCUCCAAGCCUUCGGGGGAGCUUACCUUCAGCUCCCAGGAGACGACGGACAACUCAGCCCUCCACCAGGACCCAUUACUGACUUAUGGCCACUCCAGGUCAACAAUACCGGUGUAAAUAACACCAGAAUGUCACGCAUGGAAAAGUUCAUGGAGGAAAGUGCUAAUAUGUUGCGUGGAGUCAGCACAUCCAUGAUCAACAAUACUACUGGGAUUGAACCACCUCUAUUCUCAAACAAUACUGGGAAUGAGACGCUUCUAAUGUCCAGUUCUGCAGGAAUUAAUGAGUCCUCAACCCCCAAUAUUACUGUACUUGUACCUGUCCUCCCCAAUACCACAGUGACCAACACUUCCCAUAGUAACAAUACCACGGUGGCAAAUACACCCCUUAGCAACAAUACCACGGUUACUGAAACUCCCCUUAACAACAAUACCACAGUUGCUAACACAUCCCAUAGUAACAAUACCAUGGUAACUGUCACACCCCUUAGCAACAAUACCACAGUGACUGAUCCAACCCUUAGCAACAACACCAAUGUGACUGCCAUGCCCCCUGUCAGCAAUACUACAAUGAUUGCCACGCCCCCUGUCAGCAAUACUACAGUGAUUGCCACGCCCCCUAACAGCAAUACUACAGUGCCUGCCACGCCCCCUAACAGCAAUACUACAGUGCCUGCCACGCCCCCUAACAGCAAUACUACAGUGCUUGCCACGCCCCCUAACAGCAAUUCUACUGUGGCUUCUACGACUCAUAUCAUCAACCUCAACACCACUCUCCCUGCCACGACCCUGAGCACUAGCUGCUCCCCUACACUAAACACCACUAUCCAAGUCGUCAGUUCCACAGUCAACACAUCGCUUGGGAAUGACACAGAGAAAGGGUUUUUUGCGACGCAGGCCCAGCGCAACGUGGUGUUCGGGGUCAUCAUUGGUGUGGUGCUAGCGGUGGCCAUUGUGGCAAUGAUCGUCUACGGCGUCUUGAACAGCAGGAGGGCUAGAGCCUUCUCACAUCGCAAACUGAUUGAGGAUAUGCACACGGAACCAGUUCUCCGAUUGGACAACAGCGAGCCUGUACCACUGGACCACCUGGUCUACUACAGUCCCUCCCACGAUGCCGACAGCAUUCAGAUGUCUACCUUUCCUCGGGGGCAGCUUCACUGAACCACAGGUGGCCAGAGGUUCAUAGGAUGGAUUUAUUACAUAUCAAUGUACCUGGAGUACAAAUCACACAAAACAAGCAAGAGACUGAUAUUGUGGACUGUUUAUUAAGUGAUGGUGUUUUCCUUUUACGUUCCUGAUGUGGUAAAAUGGUGACUUUAAAGAAUAAUGAACAAAAUACCAAAGAUCAAUUGAAUGCUGUAAUACUUGCAUGUGACUGUGUCAUGUGACUCCAGAUGCAUGCUGGGAAGCUCUCGUUCACAUACACACACACGGAUUAGGUACCUACUGUAUAUCUUUGUGGGGAUGCUCUAUUCUUUCCUAUGGGUAUAACUUUAAUCCCAACUCAACAACCUUAACCCCCACCCAGCCCUAACCUUAACCAUUAGUAACCAAAUGAAAUAUGAGACAUUUGGCAUUUUUAGUUUUUUGAUUGCAUUCACAGAUCUUUGUGGGGACCUGAAAAAUAAUAAGUUUUUAUUACAUUGUGGGGGACAUUUGGUCUUCACAAUGUAAUAUAAACAUAACACACACACGCACCUUGAAAAAGGUCUGAUCUAUUUCAUAUACAAAUAUAAACAGAUGCAUAUAUUUUAAUUGAUGGUAAUUGUAAAAUUUUUGGGGGCAAAUCAUUUCAUUUUUUGCAAUUUUUCUUACUUUUUUAUUAAAAUAUUUAUAUCGCUCACCACAACAUCCUUCAUUUCAUCUGUAUUAUCUUUUAUAUAAUAAAAUGUUUACAUGAUAAUGUAUAUUUGAAUCCACUGUGUUUCUCUGCCUGAUGGGCCGUGAGCAGUUGAGAAUAUUUUGGAACCACACUGCACCAGUCUGUCAGGCUCUUGCCAGUGUCCUUUUCCAUGAUGGGUUAAACGCCGUAUGUGGUGGGAGCACAUGCAUCUGUCAUAAAUGACUUCUUUGACAUGCAAAUUGUUCAUCGUUGUGACGUAAGUUCAGGGAUCUGGUGAACUGCUGUGCAGUUUCAUUCGUACAGCUUACAAACUGCUGUAUUUCCUUUUUAAGUCUCUUUAUUGACAUUUUUCGUUAGUGUGAACCAAGGCUUUGAGAUUCAUUAGUGCUCCAGUAAAUGAUCAUUCUAAGUCAACCAGCUGUGAGCACUGCUGGUUUCCUUUCUUAACCUCUAAGCUUCCUGACUGCAGUGCAAACACAAAGAAAUCCACCCUGGUUGAGGAGCAUCUGUCAUGGUAAUUCAUGGUCGCAGUAAAUAAAUCACCAUUUUCAGUGCCAGUCAACCCAUUAGGUGACACAGGUGGCCGCCUAGAGUCCCAUCUUCUUUGGGGGGGGGGGCACCAACUUAACAAGUGAAUUUCACUCUGCCUCAGACAGGGGGCGCUGGCUGUGAAACUUGCCUGAGCGUCGACCAGUACUGACUGUAUUUAAAAGCAUUUCAGUGAUUAAACAAACUAUACUGUACAUGGUAUUAUUUACCUAGCUUAAAUGGAAUUGCACACCCAUAAUAGUCAAAAUGCCUAUUGGUUUAGGUAAUACAUACAGGGCCUUCAUGGUUGUGUUUAGUGAUGAGAAAUAAAAGGAAGGUAGGUGGCACGUUGGCACAGUGGUUAUAACUGUCGCGUCACUCCUCUGGGAACUGGGGUUCCAGUCUCUAUCCUCGCUCUAUGGGUGUGGAGUUUGUAUGUUCUCCUUGGGUCAGUGUGGGCUUUCCACUGGGUUCUCACGUUUCCCCCACUGUUCAAGAACAUGCCAAGGUGACUUGGAGUUGAGUAAAUGGUGAGUGUGCCCGCUGAGUUAGGAUGGUGUUAGAUACUUCAGGUCCAACAAGUACAAAUGCAGAUCUGAAGUUUGUUUCUACCAACCAGCUGAGUACUCUGUGACUCUUUAUGCUCAACUGAGUAAUAAUCGGCACACAGCGUCAAAGGUAUUUGUCAAUAUCCUUUCUAUAAAUCCAACUUACUUACAAAUUUGGCUGCACCCACAUGAUCAACACAGUCGUCUAUUCUGGGCAUAGGAUACGAGUCGGGAAUAGUGACUGAAUUAUCAUUACGAUAAUCCAUACGAAAACUAAAUUUGCUGUCAGGCUUCGGGACUAGAAGACACAGUGACCUCUAAGGACUGCAACUAUACCUAGCAAACCUAUGUUGUAAAAGAUGGGCCACUUCAGUGGACUUUAUCUUACGUUUUGUGGGGUUUCCCCGAUGCGCAUGCUGUUUUACAGGCCUUGCUCCAGACACCUCUAUGUCACGCUGCAAUAAUGUAGUCUGAGUGGGUACAUCAUGGAACGACACUGGGUAAGAAUGGAUUAAUUCAAUCCAAAAAUUCUGCCUGUUGCACGUCCGAUAAAUGAGUUACCAACGAUGAUCGUUUGUUCAAUAUAUCAGAAUUUUGCAAACGAGCGGUCCGAGAGGGAGAGAAAAAAACAACCUACCUGCCACUGCACGUAACAAUCCUACCUCACUUUCUCGAAGAGCUGGAUAUGCUCCUCAGUCCCCUACCUACUGACAACACACCUCUAGCUCUCCUCAGAGACUCCAUUCCUCCUGCCUUCUCGCUCGUCUCUAUUCCUUCUCUCUGACGUUCAACGACUGUUCUCCCACAAACACAGGAAUAAACAGCCCAGACUUAGGGCCUCAAGUAUAACGUCUUGCGUAGAAUUCACACCAAAACAUGGCGUACGGAUAAAACCGGAAAUAAAACCAGAAAUGUGUUUAUUAAGACAAAGAAGUAGACAGCGGAUACAGUAUUACGGUUUAUUCCGUUUCAGACAUUAUUACUAAAGAUGACCCCCAUGCCAGGGCCGCGACUGCAGGUGGUGAUGGGGCUGCUGUGCCAAGCACAUCUUCAGGCGCUGGCUUUAUUCACUCCCGUGCCUCGGACACCGACCGCCGACCAUCUGCCCGUGUGCUGACGGACACUAUCAAUGCAAUAGCGGAUGCUGAAAAAGAUGUGGCCAAUGAACUAAGGAAUCUAACCGAUGUACUAUGCGAUAUUGACCACAAACUCACACUUAUCACAUGUAGCCCACGUCUGUGCCUGCUCUUAUAUAACAUUUAUUUAUUGUUUAAUAAAAUUGUUUAUCUGACCGCACAAGUGUUACGUCCUGUGGAGCUUUUUUUUUUUAGAAGUUAGCAUUGUUGUGUACAAACAAAUAAAUACAUUGUGCUCAUG